AUGGACACUCAAUACCUCGCUGCCUUGGAGGAAACGCUCCAGCAGACGUUUGCGCCGGCUACUGUGAAGCUGGCGACCGCCAGAUUGUCGAAGGACUUUUACCUGAACCCAUUGGCGUUGCCUUCUCUCUUUCACAUUUUGCAGAAUGCUAGCCAGGAUCAGAUCAAGCAGUUGGCAGCUGUGGAGGCCCGUAAGCUUGUGCCCACCAAGUGGGAGGCUGUGGAUGCUUCGUUGAAGCCACAGAUCAAGAAUGCUCUUUUGCAGAACACUUUCACCCAGCAGAACAAGUUGAUCAGACACUCUUCUGCUAGAGUUGUUGCUGCUAUUGGAGAGAUCGAGUUGGAGAACAACUCGUGGCCUGACUUGUUGCCUACUUUGGUGAACGCUGUCAACGAGAACGACGCCCAGACCAAGGAUAUGGCCGUGUACACUUUGUUCACCUUGUUGGAGACCCAGAUUCCUUCUCUUGGUCCUCACCUGGACGACUUUGUCACUCUUUUCGCCAACUUGUUGCAACAGCAGGGCUCUAGAGAUAUUAGAGUGAACGCUACCAUGUCCUUGGAGGUGCUUUCCCAGUACAUCGAGGAAGAGGUCGACAUGAACCCUGCCACCGCCAACAAGUUCAAGAACUCUAUUCCAGGAAUGGUGCAGGUGCUUAAGGAAACCAUCGAGGCUGACGACGCCGAACAGACCAAGUCUGUGUUUAACGUGUUCAACUCGUUGAUUUUCUUGGACAACAAGUUGUUGGGCGAUCAGAUUGUCGGUUUGAUCCAGUUUGUCGUUGAGAUCGCUACCAACCAGUCCUUGGACGAGGACAUUAGAUGUAUGGCCAUGCAAUUCUUGAUUUCCGUUGUUUCCAUGAGAAAGUCUAAGAUUGUUUCCAACAACUUGGGUCCUUCCCUUACUCUUGUCGCUCUUAAGAUCGCUUCUGAGGAGGUUGACGCUGACGAUGAGUUGAACAACGAGGAUGAGGAGAACGAGAAUGAAGAAAACGUUCCUUCCACUUUGGCUUUGCGUUUGAUGGCCAUCUUGUCUGGUGAGUUGCCUCCUUCCCAGGUUAUCAACCCAUUCUUCGAGAACUUGGAGGCCCAGGUCUCCUCGAAGGACCAGUUCGCCAGAAGAGCUGCCCUUUUGUGUAUUGGUGUUGCUUCCUCUGGUGCUCCAGACUUCUUGGGCACUCAGGUCAACAAGCUUGUUCCUAUUAUUAUUAGAGGUUUGCAGGACCCAGAGAUCAUCGUUAGGGUCGCUGCCACCAGAGCUUUGGCUCAGUUGUCCUCUGAAUUGCAAGACAACAUUGCUGACUACCACAAGGAGUUCUUGCCUCUCCUCGUUGAGAUCAUCAACAACGCUGCUCACGUCAUGACCUACAAGCACGCUUGUUACGCUUUGGACGGUGUCAUUGAGUUCAUGGGCCACGAUGCUAUUGCUGAGUACGUCUCGCCUUUGAUGGAGAAGUUCUUUGCUAUGUUGCAGCAGGCCAACUCUUCUUCUUUGAAGUCUGCCAUUGUCUCUGCCAUUGGUUCUACCGCCUUUGCUUCCGGUAAGGGUUUCACCCCAUACUUCCACCAGUCUGUUAGAGCUUUGGAGCCAUUCAUCCAGAAUGCUGGUGAAACCGAGGGUAUGUCUGAAGAGGACAUCGAGUUGAGAGCUCUUACCUUCGAGAACAUCUCUACCAUGGCCAGAGCUGUUGGUUCCGAGUCUUUCUCUACCUACGCCAAGCCAUUGGUUGAGGCUGCCUAUGUUGCUAUCAACUCUGAGCAUGCUAGAAUCAGAGAGUCUGGUUUCGCUUUCAUCUCCAACAUGGCUAAGGUCUACGGUCCAGCUUUCGCUGACUUCUUGGACAACAUUGUUCCUCAAAUCUUGAAGUGCUUGAACCAGGAAGAGUUCUCCUUCAACCUUGACGAAGAGGAUGCUGAGGGUCUUCUUGAAGAAGACGAGGAGAACCUUGGUGACAAGUUUAAGGUCAACACUGGUAUCACCAUCGAAAAGGAGAUUGCCUCUGUUGCUCUUGCUGAAUUGGCCAUGGGUACUGGUAGUGCUUUCGGUAAGUACGUCCCAGAUGCCAUUGCUACCUUGUCUGAACAGAUUGAGGUUUCCUACGGUAUGAGAGAGGCUGCCAUGAACGCUCUUUGGAAGAUCGUCCGUGCUAUGUUUAAGGCCACCUACGGCGAAAACUACAAGCCACCAAUUGGUAUCCCUCAACAACCAUACGUUGACGGUCCAAUCUUGGAGUUGAUCAAGCUGGCUAGAGAACUUACUGUUAGCAACUUGGAGUCUGAGUUCGAGAUCACCUUGGCUGGUUGCGACUUAGACAACAUCUGUGAAGCUCUUAACCAGUUCGGUGCUAUCGCUGUCACCAGUGGUCCAUCUGACACUGGUUCUUUGGAGAAGUUGUGUGCUUCUUUGAUGGACCUCUUGAAGAAGGAGCACCCAUCUCAGAUUGACGACGAGGAGCCAGUUGAGGAAGGUGAAGAUGCUUCUGAGACCGAGGCUUUGAUGUACGAAUCUGCUUUGGAAGUGUUGAUCGUCCUCUCCAUGAAGUUGGGUCCUGACUUUGUCAAGGUCUUUGAAACCUUCAAGGGUCUUAUCCUUUCUAAUGUUACUUCCAAGUCCAAGGGUAAGAGAGUCAGCUCCAUCGGUGCUUUGGCUGAAAUCUCUGUUGGUUUGAAGGAUGCCAACCCAUAUGCCCAAGAGUUGAUGCAGGUGUUCAGCGACAGAUUAUCUAACGACAAGUCCUUGGAGGUCAAGGGUAACGCUGCCUACGGUGUUGGUGUUAUCAUUGAAUUGUGCCAGGUUGACUUCUCUGCUCAGUACCAGCAAAUCUUGCAGAUGAUGUUCCACUUGUUGAGCAGAUCCGACAAGGAGGCCCAGGUUGACGACCAGGAGACCAAGGACGUUGUCAACAGAGCCAACGCCAACGCUUGUGGCUGUGUUGCCAGAAUGGCCUUGAAGAACCAGGCUGCCAUUCCUCUUGAGCACGUCUUGCCAGCUCUUCUCAGCCACUUGCCAUUGCAGUCUGCUCCAGAGGAGAACGUUCCAAUCUUGACCUGGAUCAUCAGUUUGUACGAGAGCGGUAACGAGAUGAUUGCCAGCCAGUCCGAGAGAGUGAUCCAGGUUUUCGCCGAGAUCUUCCAGAAGGAGGCCGAGAGACUUAAGUUGAUCGAAGAAUCUACUUUGGGCAGAGAGGAGUACCUUGACAGAAUGAAGCAGUUCCAGACCGAGGAGAUCAAGCGCAAGGUUGUUGAUUUGUUGAAGUUCUUGAACCAGAAGUACGCUUCAGUGAUUGCAUCCCACGAGAUCUUGAAGUCUGUCAUUGCAUAA